AAGGUUACGCUGCACAGUAGAGAUGUAGAGAUGCCCGUGGAGAGUGGAGAGGAGGAGGGGGGUGUGCUGGCGACAUCAACAACACGCAGCCAGCCAUCGUCAGGCACAGGGCUCGAGGAACAUGGCGGCGGCACUUAGCUGUGGUGCUGUUUUACCAACCCGAAGGUCAGAGCCGGACGUAACGUACAGGAUUUAAGUGAAAACAAACUACCUUAAGUCCGAUAUCGCAGAGCGUGAAGCCGAUGAUACCUAAAGGUUCCUGCUGGGUGCAGUGUUGCAGUAAUGGCCUGAGCCUGCGUCUGGACUGAAGGCCUGUGAAGGCCCCUCUGAGCUGCACUGUGAAAUUAAUGGAAGUAUGAGCUGGCGUGGUUUUGUGGGAGGUCUGACGUCACUUCCUGACUAACUAGGCUCGAGCAGUCAGAGAGGAACACUUUUUUUUUUUUUUUUUUCUUGUUUACAUCUCCCAGGCUCACUUAUUUCUUGUGGCUCCACCACAUAUCUCUAGCAUUGCACAACGUUGCUGAUAUGUGUUGAAAAUGAGUGGUAUAGGAGACAACUCAUCAGACCCUGCUAGGGCAGAGUCUCAGAAGCGCAAGGAGUGUUCCUCAGAUCUCCUGGGCCCCAGUCCCAAGCGCAGCACAGAGAGGAGAAACCGAGAGCACGAGAAUAAGUACAUAGAGGAGCUUGCUGAGCUGAUCUUCGCCAACUUCAACGACAUCGACAAUUUCAAUGUCAAGCCUGACAAAUGUGCAAUCUUGAAAGAAACUGUGAAACAGAUUCGUCAGAUAAAAGAGCAAGAAAAAGCUGCUGUAGCCAAUGAAGAUGAAGUUCAGAAGGCUGACGUCUCAUCGACAGGCCAAAGUGUUAUUGACAAAGACGCCCUCGGACCGAUGAUGCUGGAGGCCUUGGACGGUUUCUUCUUCGUGGUAAACAUGGAGGGCAACAUCGUGUUCGUGUCGGAGAACGUGUACCAGUACCUGCGCUACAACCAGGAGGAAUUGAUGAACACCAGCGUGUACAGCAUCCUGCACGUGGGCGACCACGCCGAGUUCAUCAAGAACCUGCUGCCCAAAUCGCUGGUGAACGGGGUGCCAUGGUCCAGCGAGGGCUCGCGACGAAACAGCCACACCUUCAACUGCCGCAUGCUGGUCAACCCCCACGGGGAGCUGGAGGAGGAGGCGCAGGAGGCGCAGCAGCAGCAGCAGAAAUACGAGACCAUGCAGUGCUUCGCCGUCUCCGAGCCAAAGUCCAUCAAAGAGGAGGGUGAGGAUCUCCAGUCAUGUCUGAUCUGUGUUGCUCGUCGUGUUCCCAUGAAAGAGCGUCCCAUACUCCCCACACACGAGAGCUUUACCACGAGACAAGAUCUCCAAGGGAAGAUUACCUCCCUAGACACCAGUCUGCUGCGGGCUUCCAUGAAGCCAGGCUGGGAGGACCUGGUGCGGAGAUGCAUCCAGCGCUUUCACCUCCAAAACGACGGCGACAUCUCCUACGCCAAGCGGCACCAGCAAGAAGUUCUGCGACACGGCCAGGCGUUCAGUCCCAUUUACCGCUUCUCCCUGGCCGACGGCACCAUUGUGUCUGCUCACACCAAGAGCAAACUGGUUCGUUCACCUGCUACCAACGAACCCCAGCUUUACAUGUCUCUGCAUAUCCUUCAGAGGGAGCAGAACGUUUGUGGCAUGACUCCUGACCUGGGCAAACCUAUGAACCCAGUGACCUCAAUGACCUCUCCCAGCCCAGGAGGUUCCACAGGCGUCUCCCAGGGCCAGGACACCACAGUCAGCAGCAACACGCCCACCUUCCCCUCACCUGGAGGCCCCAAGGAGCCUGGUGCUGUGGGCCCCGUGCAGGCCUACCGCUUUGGCUGUCCCGGGGCGAUGGGUCAUAUUGGGCCGAUGCAGGCGACCACGCCUCAGGCCAGCGGUUACCCCCUGAAGAUGAGCAGCCCAUCACAGGGGAGCCCGGGCAUGCUGUCACCGCGGCACCGCGCCAGCCCCGGGAUGGCGGGCUCUCCCCGCCUGCCUCCGCCUCACUUCUCCCCCGCCAACCCCCUUCAUUCGCCUGCACCCACUGGCCCGAGUGGAGGGGCGGGUGGCGUGGGCGGAACAGGCACAGUGGGCGGGUACACGAGCAGCUCCCUCAACGCCCUCCAGGCCCUGAGUGAGUGCCACGGCGUGUGUCUCAGCCAGGCACUGGGCUCCCCCGACAGGAAGCUGGGGUCCCCAGCUGCAGGGGUGAGCCCCCAUCUGCUCCAUAAGCCGGGAGGCCCGGAGUCGUUCGGAGAGCAGCAAGGCGGGCCGGAGCUGGCGGGGGCCGGGCAGGGCGAUGGCAGAGAGCAGCAGAGGGACGAAAAGGGUGUCGCCCUGGCCCAGUUCGGCGCUGCCGACCCUGGCGACCCCCAGGGCCGGCUCCACGACAACAAGGGGCACACGAAGCUCCUCCAGCUUCUCACCACUAAAUCGGAACCUGCGGAGACGUCCUCGCCGCCCCCCGGGCCAGAGCCCGGCUGCAAGGACCCAUCCGCGACGGGGCUUCAGACGGGGGCCUCGUCCGCCCACGCCACCUCCCUGAAGGAGAAGCACAAGAUCCUGCACAGACUUCUCCAGAACAGCACGUCACCCGUGGACCUGGCCAAGCUCACCGCAGAAGCCACAGGCAAGGAGCUGGGUCAGGACUCCUCGGGGUCUGCUACGGCCGAGGCAGCGACCAAACAGGAGCCGGCCAGCCCCAAGAAGAAGGACAACGCUCUGCUGCGCUACCUGCUGGACAAAGAUGAUAAUGCGCUCAAGGACAAAAACAUCAAGAUGGAGCCGGGUGAGGUCAAGGUGGAAGGGACCAAGAUACCCAGCGUGAAGACAGAGAAAACGGACGGAGGCUACGAGCGGACAGAACAGUCGAGUGAGCUGGAUGAUAUUUUGGAUGACCUGCAGAACAGUCAGCCAGGCCUGUUCUCUGAGUCGCGGUCGGUGUCUCUGCCGGGUGCCGUGGACAAGCAGGCCAUCAUCAACGACAUCCUUCAGAUCACCGGAGAGGGCGGAGCUACCGUAGGACCCCAGCAACAGCAGCAGCAGCAGAGAGUCCUACAGGCCAUGGGACAGCAGAGUUUCGGUGGUCCGAGGCAUCCAGGAAGACCGGCUCCUCUGCGGGGUGUAUCUCUGGAUAUGAGCUUGUCUGCUAAAGGUGCACCAGGCCACUACCACGUGAUGCGGAACAGCACCCCCUACUCGCUACUGCAGCAGCAAGGCAUGAUGGGAAAUCAAGGUGUCAUGUCUAAUCAUCCCAACAUGGCAGGCAUGCCUCCUGAUGCCUGGGCCUCUCAGGGUGCUGCUGUCGUCAGUAGCUCUUCACCUGUCACUGCGGUGCCCUCCACACAGCAGUCACUCCAGCAGGGGGUGCUCCACAACCGCAUGGUGCCCAACACCAGCACAGCCAUGCCUAUGAGACCAAAUAGCCAGCCGGGCACCAGACCUAUGCUGCAGUCUCCAAUGAUGCCCAAUGCCCAGUCAGACAUGGACAUAGGCAUGGGAAUGGCAGGCCACCAGUUUCCACAGCAACAGGCACCACCCAAUCAGACGGCUCCAUGGCCAGACAGCAUGAUUCCCGUAGAGCAGGUGCCCUUUGGAGACCCGGGCAGGCCGGUGUACACUAAUCCUCAGGAGGACGGUCUGUGUGGUCCUGAAGGCCCCGCUGAUGAAAGGUCUCUGUUGAACCAGCUCUACACGGCUCUCAAAGACUACGACGGCCUGGAGGAGAUUGAUCGAGCACUGGGCAUUCUGCCAGUUGUGGGCCAGGGUGCUACGUUGGAGCCAGAGCAGUUCUCUGGGCAGGAGCCCAGUUUGCUGAUGGAUCAGAAGGCCCCGAUGUACAGCCAGCCGCAGUACGGGCCUCCACAGCCUCCUAUGGCCCAGGGAGGCUAUGCCACCAUGUCGGACCCCAACUUCCACAGCAUGGCAGGCCCCAUGGGCCAGAGGCCGGGCUACCCUAUGCUCCGCCUACAGCCCCGUCCAGGAUUCCGCCCUGCGGGAGUUGUCGCCGGCCAACCAAACGCGCUCAGACUGCAGCUGCAGCACAGGCUACAGGCCCAGCAGAAUCGCCAACCCAUGAUGAACCAGAUGAGCGGAGUGUCAAAUAUGAACCUACCUCUAAGGCCCAAUGCUCCCACUCAGGGGUCCAUAAACGCUCAGAUGCUGGCGCAAAGGCAGCGGGAGUUAUUGAGCAACCACCUCCGGCAGCGUCAGCUGGACCAGCAGCGGCAGCAGCAGCAGCAGCAGCAGCAGCAGCAGCGGAGCCUGGUGAUGCGCGCUCAGGGCCUCAGCCUGACGCCCACCAUGGCGGCGGCGGCGGCGGCCGUGGGCAUGCCUGGCGUGAUGAGCGGCGCGCGCAACCCCCAGGCCACGCCCCAGCAGUUCCCCUACCCAGCCAGCUAUGGUACAGGCCUGGCCUCGCCACCCCCCUCAACCAGCCCCUUCUCUCCCGUCUCCCCAAAUCUGCCCGCCCCGCAGCAUCUGUCGCACGCCCCCCUGCAUGGCUCCCCGAUGGGGCUUGCUAACCAGGCCGUGCUGGGCAGCCUGAGCGGACCGUUCGGGCCUGGUAUGAGCCCGCAAAUGCAGCACAGUGCCUUUCUGUUUCCCAGCUCAGGAAUGAGUCAGCAGGCUGAUGGCGGGUUUGGAGGGGCUGCCACACCUCAGAGCCCGCUCAUGUCUCCCAGGAUGGGCCAUGCCCAGAGUCCCAUGAUGCAACAGGCCCCGGGCAAUGGCACUUUUCAGUCCUCUCCAGAUAUGAAUGGCUGGACCCAGGGCAACAUGAAUGCCAACAGCAUGUUCCCACAGCAGUCGAACGGCAGCAGUGUGUACAACGGCAACGCGAUGAACCUCAACGUCUCCAUGGCACCCAACGCCGGCAGCAUGAGCAACAUGGCCCAGAUGGGAGGCCAGAUGAACUCUGGACCUGCAGGUGCCAUGGCAACCAUGGGCCCUGAACAGCAGAAGUACUGUUGACCCAGGCGUGGACAGUGUCUCCCGGCAGGACGAAACCGUUACCUAGGAGAUGGCCAGCAGUGGGGGGUGUGACCCGCCAGCAGGAGUCCUGAAUUGGCCCUAGCCCUUAGAGCUACUGCUCUGCAGUGCCCCAGACAUCCGACUGCCCCCUGCUGGACAACUGCUCCAGGACAAGCAUGAAUGUUGAAUGGGUGGGGGGUUGAGCUCAAAGGGGAAUUACCCACAGACACUGUCACUUUGAACCUUCAGUGCUACCCCCCC